ACACAAUGAAGCAUCUACAGACUCAUCUCCACCAUGACAGCGCCGCAGGGUUGUUGGACGUGCAAGAACCGCAAAAUUGGUUGUGACAGGACAAUUCCUCAUUGUAACAACUGUCUUCGAACAAAAAGAGCAUGUGCAGGCUACGGGAUUCGAUUGGUCUGGCCUGAUGAGCCUUCUGCAAGGCGUGGAGAACUCAUCUUAUGCCAUGUGGCCAACGCCACGAGUCCCCAUGAUAGCCCUCAGGACAACCACUCCAGGUUCUUGAACUUCACCUGGAUGGACUUCUGCCUGAAGGAAAAAGGCCUUACUUGGCGUCAGUUCAUAGAGAGAACAUAUGCAGGGCCACCCCAUUCCCUGUCGCUGCAUUCACCAAUCGUUGGCGAAGAUGCCAUUCUUUUAGCGUAUUAUGAGCAGAUCAUAGCCCCAAUGUGCUCAACAACUCGGGCGAGGAAUGGCUUCCAUGAUCAGAUCAUGCCGGUAGUAUUGUCCUCUCGAGAUGGGUCCGCAACAGCUCUGUGCAGCUCUUUGCUAGCCAUCUCUGCAUAUCAUCGCCAAGGACCAGGUGCCGCGCUUGAAUAUAAGAUAAGUGCAAUAAAGGGUCUCCAUGAGUCACUGGCAGCGUCAUCAAGCUGUGGUUGGUAUGCAGAUGCAGAGGCACAGCUAGCUACUACUAUGAUGCUGUGCAUGUACAGCGUCUUUGACGAGCAGGAGGCUCAGUUUCACUUGCACCUCGAUGGCGCCAAAAGGAUUCUGCGCAGCCUGCAAUGGCAUCAACAGCAGCGCCCGGUGUCCGAUUUUCUCAUGAACUGGGUACUCUACUACGACGUUCUAAGCAGCUUCGCCCAACCUUCCCGAAGAAUUCGAGGAGAUUUGCGCAUAUUAUCUUACUCAAACAACCUGCAACCCACGUCAAACUUGAUCAUCGGCCUAUUCGGAUGCUCCACCGAUGUUUUCAGUAGCAUUUCAUUCAUCAAUCAAAUGCGCAUGACGUUGUCGGACUCAAGCGUAAAUUUUGAUCCGGGUGAACAGUCCCAACAGCGAGUAGCUUUGGAAGAGAGGUUGCGAAUGGCCUCCCAGCACCUCAGCCCCGAUGAAGCGGCCAGCUCUUCGGCUGUGCAAAUUAAAGACGCAUCGGCGACUGCCGAACUAUAUCGCUUAGCAGCUCUACUGUAUCUACAGCGCGUCGUUCCCGCCCCCGGUGACGACAUGCGAAGCGCUGCAUACUUACAACAGAUUUUUGCAGCGUUGAGAACGGUCCGGGUGGCCACGAGCCCCUGGCCAGUUUUCAUCACCGCUUGCGAAGCACGCACAGAAGAUGAACGCGUUCAAAUCCUCAGAGUCCUGGAGCGAAUGGACGAAAUUCGAAACGUUGGGAAUGUUCGCGUCAUGCGCAGCCUCAUCGAGUCAAUUUGGAAGCAGCAGGACCUACGAGAUUCCUCUGGUAAAUCCGAGGCGCUGCGAUGGUGGCUUUGCGUUGAUGGCGAGGUCCCUGCUCCUUGGUUUGCAUAAUGCUCAGACCCUCAGCACACUUUUAUCAGUGAGGAAUCCUAAAGGUUUGCGCCGAUUGAUUGCCCUUUUUCUUUUUCACUCCAACUCAGAGGGCCAUUGUCCAAAGGCAUCAAUAUUCCGUCCGCACAUGAUGCAGGUGCGCUGCAUGCGACAUGACGGUCAAGAAAUCCUACUUAAAGAAGCUCGCUUGGGACACAUUGGCUGAAGUAUUAUGAGAUAAGUCGGAGAAUUGGCUGAUUCCCGCGAACAGCGAGGAAAGUGUCUCCUUACGAAGCAAGCUCGAGGCUUUUGCCUGGAGUUAUGCCAAAAUUCUGGAGCCACACUACCUCAUUGAUGAAGUCGAGGAGGGAUUGUAAUAUAUCGGGGUCCGCAAUCAAGGAGGUCAUAAAGGAGGGGCUUCUGGCGGCAGCCAGGAAUUCUAAGAUGAUGCAGCUUCAGGGCACAGUGACGCCGCGAAGAAGGCGCUUACGGAGGUAGAAUUUGAGGAGCCUGAUUCAUCGGCGAACAUAACCGACCAGGUAUUCUGCUCCUGAGGUCGGACGUGAUCUUUCGAAACUGCCUGGACGAGACAAACAGACUUUCGCAUUGGAGCUUGG